GCAUUGAAAUCGUCAGCAAAUGUUUACCAAGUAAACAACAAAAUUGAAACGCCAGGAGGAAACCCAUUUAGGACACUCAUUUCCACUAUCUUCUUUUCCUUGAUUUUAUUCAAUUUUGGAGUUUAAUUCCUAUAGUUUGUAAAUCUGGAUUCUACGGGAUUAUACAUUCUAGUUGGAUGAUCGCUUGUGCGGCGACGAGCUUCGAUGUCCAGACAAUCGUCCAUCUCAGUCGCAGUCCGAGUCCGCCCUUUUAGUAGCGUCGAAUCUGCCAACUUACUAGCAUCGUCAGAUGGGCAGUCUUUAGCGAGUUCACUUUCUUUGAGAACUCCAGGAACAUAUCGAGGGAUUCGAAGAGUAGUCAAAGUGUUAGAUGACCGUGUACUAGUGUUUGACCCUCCAGAUGAUGCUUCCUCUAUACACACCGGCAGAAGACGAAUGUCCGCUCCACAGCGUAACAUAUCUCGACUUUCUGGAAGAAAGGGAACCUUCACAGGAUUUGGUCGUGAUCUCCGAUACGCUUUUGACAGGGUAUUCGAUGAAACUGCUCCACAACAAAGCGUAUAUGAACAAACUGCACGCCCUCUCUUGGACAAUAUCCUAGAUGGGUUCAAUUCUACGGUUUUUGCAUACGGAGCUACAGGUUGUGGUAAAACUCACACGAUUACUGGAACAAAUGAGGAUCCUGGUAUUGUGUAUUUAACCCUAAAGGAACUAUUUGAACGAAUGGAUGAUUUAAAAGAUGAAAAGGUUUUUAAUAUUCACGUUUCUUAUUUGGAAAUCUAUAAUGAAACGAUUCGAGACUUGUUGACUGAGCAACCGUUUAGUCAAUCCAAACCUCUAACGCUGCGCGAGGAUGCCGAUCGUCGGAUUACUGUUCCAGGAUUAACAUCAUUAUCUCCUACUACUCUAGAAGAGGUAAUGGAAAUUGUUUCUCGUGGCAAUGAAAACCGAACCAUGUCACCUACAGCAGCAAACGUUGCUUCUUCACGAUCUCAUGCUGUCUUACAGGUUUCUGUUGUACAGAAACCGCGUACUGCGGAUAUUAAUGAAGACCACGCUUUGGCUACCCUGUCCAUUAUUGACCUUGCUGGUUCAGAACGUGCAAAUGCUACCAAAAGUCGAGGUGGCCGCUUAUUAGAAGGUGCUAAUAUCAACAGGUCUCUACUGGCGUUAGGGAAUUGUAUAAAUGCUUUGUGUGAUCCACACCGGAGAGCGCACAUUCCUUACCGUGAUUCUAAAUUAACGAGACUACUAAAGUUUAGCCUUGGUGGUAACUGUAAAACCGUCAUGAUUGUAUGCAUAUCUCCUUCAUCAUUCCAUUAUGAAGAGACUCACAAUACGUUGAAAUAUGCUAAUCGGGCAAAAAACAUCAAAACUGAAGUUUUAAGGAAUAUGAUUAGUGUGGAUAGACACGUAAGUCAAUACGUGAAAGCGAUUGUAGAUCUUCGCCAACAAAUUUCUGAACUCGAGGACCGGCUAGGUAACCCAAGCUCAUCCGCCUCAAUAACAGCAGCCGCAAAGAAUCAAGCAGCUGUGCAAGCUAAAGCUUGUGAAUCAAAAUUAAUGGAGGCUAAGGAUUUACUGCGAGCCACCUUUUUGGAAACACUACCUUUACAAAAAGACACAAUCAAAAAAGUAGAGAGCGUCAAGCAUUAUGAUGAUUCCAUUAACAUUUUGAAAUAUUGGAUAUCUUCCUGUGAACGGAUCAUUGACAACCCAUCCAACGAAAGACUAUCCUUAGCAAAGUCGAAGUUAGAAUCGCUGUUGAUACAGAGAUCAUCUAUCAUUGCUGAAGUUAACCCUGAAAUAGUCUAUGACGCUUUCCAAAAAUGUGUUGAUCCUGUCGUAAGUUAUUUUAAAGAAAAUAAUGCUGUGAUGUAUGCGGAUAUUUUACAGGAUGAGAUCGACUUACUAAAGUCCAUCAUCGAAAAUCAAAUUUUGGAUGCGCAAAGCAAAGUUGAUGACUAUACUCCAGUUCUACAAAAGCUAAUGGAAAUUUCCUUUAUGUCACUUACCCAAUUCAAGCGUGAAAAUCAAGCAGCAUUAACCAGUCUACUUAAGAAUUGGCUGUCAGAUUUUGGUUCAAAGGAUAAACAUAGCAUUUAUCAACUUUAUCAUAUGGAAGGCUACGAUGAACUUAGACAACGCUCUCCAAAGACAACAAUCCCUUCUCAUCCACCUUCUCCAUCCAAACAAUCGAAAAUAUCAAAUUCGCCUAGAAGGUUUGCCGUUAGGUCACCUAAAAAACCCGUUGUUAUACCUAGAAGAUCUCCCAAGAAACGUGUUCGGUUUGAUGAUUCUAUGUCCACUUCUGACUCAAGCGUUUCAGCUUAUAACUCUCCUGAACCAAUGCAUUCCAAAGAUAAUCCUUGGGCUCUUGAGAACACUCAUCCACCUCCUUCUUUCCCUUUGACCCUAUCUAGUAAAGGCAACAACAAUACGUUGGAUCUUGCCGAGGCUUUAGACUCCCCCCAGUCCUCACUUCUGGAAGAUAAACCAGAAGAUGAAGACGAUAAAGCAGUGGAAUUGGAAUCAUUACCUAAGAGAUAUGAACCCUUAUCGACAUCAAACGUGGAUGUGGAAAUGGCGAAUGUAUUUGGAGCCGAGUCUUCAAAUGAAGAAGUUUCUCUGCCUCACUUGGACACGAUAGAUCUGGAUGGAAGUCCUAAUUCUUCGAUGUCCAAACGCAGCUUCGAUCAACGAGAGGAAGCUCCACAGGCAAAUGCUUCUCAAACUCCGGAUACUUUGAAUCAAGAUAGUCUUAACCCCCCAAGAAACCUUAGUUCUUUGUCGUCCUUGCGUCUCUCCAACCCAUCCAAUAUUCGAAGGUCGUUUCUAGUUACCAGGGAUACACAAAAAGACAAGUGAAUGGUUAAUUUACGAGAAUACUACACUAUAUAAAAAGAAUACGAUAGCAUUAAGGAAAUACUGCAUUUAUAAUUUAAGGAUGAGGAAAUGAAAUAACUUAUUUUCAUGGAACAGCAUGCAAUUAAAUAAACCAGUAUAAAUGAAUUAUCUACUUCUUAUUAACCCGCCCAUAUAUCAUCACGCAUAUAUUAAA